UGGAAUUGACUUGUAAGAGGAGAUGGAGACGGAGAAGAUGAGCGAAUAUGGGAAGGAAAUUGCCAGAGAUCGGGUUUGGCGCAAGAGAGAGAGAGAGAAGAAACCAAACGACCAAAAACAAAGACACCUCUCCUCUCUCCUCUCAUUUGCCAACACGUGGCCACGAAUUGAAUUUAUUAAUUAUAUUGUAAACAUAUCCAAAUACAAAUUGUCUUGAUUACACUUAAAAAAAGAAACUUUGAGAAAGAGGGAAAAUAAAUGAGCUUUAUAGAUCUCAGCUUCUCUUUUCAGAUCUGGUUAAGACCGGCGUGCGUGGGCUUACACAGCCACAACGUCGGUCUUAAUCCUUCGUUUAGCUGGCUUUUGGUGUUGGUUUUCUCGUGUUUGAUAGAGAUUUCUUCUUGGUGGUUGUGUGAUUACGGUGGGAGAAGUUUCCCGGUUCGAUCUCCGGUCAGAGCUAACUAAUCUACUUGAUUAUGACGAAGAAGACGCCGGAUCUGGUAGAGGUACGGAGCAAUUCACCUGCAAAUGUCUUCUUCUUUGCAUUUUACUGAGCUUCUGUUAAGAUCUUGUUGUCCGGGGACCAAAUCCAUCAACUCUCGCCAUGUUUUGAGAUCUCUGCUCCGUUCAGAGGUGUUUAUGGCUUUAGAAAGGCUGAAUCUGAGGUGUCUUUGUUGGGAUUUUAGUGUCAAUCUUCUUUUACCUUCGUUCUAGCUUCGGUGUAAGCGGUGUGCGAUGGUGGCGUGGUGGUGUGUGGAAAACAGAACAUGUCUAACAUCUUUGAGAAGUUUCAGGUUGCUUGUCCCGCUCUAGGAAAGAGUCAUUGUCGCGGCCUUUGGAUAAGUGUAUUUCUCGGUUUGUCUUUUGCUCUCGUGUUCCUCGGGUGCUUCGGCUAAUCGAAGCAGUAUAAUGAGGUUGAGGGUAGUAAGGUUUCUGAUGAAGGUUCGUUUGAGGAGGGAGCUUGCCCCAGUUGUAGUUCUUCUCUGGUUGGUAUAUGAUGUUAUUCUUGUUGGUUUUGGCUUGGUACUGUGAACUGGAGGUUCAUGUAAGUUUAGUUAUGUUUCGUUGUUAAGGCCACCGCAUCGCUUCCUCUCUCGUCAAGAGUUCCGGCUGUUCAAACCGUAAAAGAAUUAAUAUUGUUAUCCCUUGUCAAAUAUUGUCUUUAGCUUUGGUUAUAUGAGUCUAGAGUUCUCUUGUGUUGAUUGUAGUUUUAUCAAGUGUCACUCUUUAUUUGGGUUUAAGUCACCCGUUGUUUGGAUUCAUGUCUCCCUGUUGUGGGUUUAGGAUCUCAUUCUUGUAUGUUCUGUUCUCCAAGUUUUUUUAAUCAAAACCAGUUGGGGAAAAAAAACUAGAAAUCAACAAAAGAUAAAAUGAUGUAACUUGGAAAGAUAAAAUCAACCGACUCUUCUUUCCCCUAAUGAAGAAAGGUUCUUCUGUCAAUAUGUAUUUUUCAUUUUUUUUAAAAAUUAGGUUAAGAGACACCAUUGGAAACCGCGAUAAUGAUGCUCUUAUUAUUGAGGUAAAUAAUACUAUUAAUAAUCUAAAAAGUUUUUUUAGUAUAAGAAAUUAAGAAUAGUUCAAAGGAUUAGACACAAAGUCAGGUCCGUCCUUGCUAUAAGGCAAGUAAAGCACAUGCUUUAGGCCACAAGAUAUAUAACCAAUUUUAGGGCCACAUUUGUAUUUCAGAUUCAGCCAUAUUCAAUGAUUUGAAGCACUGUUAUGUUGUUUGUAUUACUAUUUUCCAUUAGUAUUUAUAUAAAAGGCCACAUAAUUUUUAUUGUGCUUUAGGCCACAUCAAAUUUUGGGACGGCACUGCACAAAGUAUCUGGCUUGCCCCCAUGCCUAACUUACAUGUAACUUACUUUCGUAAUGGAUUAUUAAUUAACUUCAAGGAACCAUUUAGCAAGUAAAAGUCCAAUGAACACGCCCCCUGGAAGAUGUAUACAAAACCUACGUAAUGUUUUAAAAUUUGUAUUCAUUGUUCGGAAAAAAACAAUAACUCCAUUAGCUUACAAAUUUGUAAGGAUUAAUUACUUUCAAGAUUAAAUCCUAUAAAAUAUUGCCAUCCUUUAAAAAAGUUAUAUUGCAAAGUCUUAAAUCCUUGAACUUGUUUCCAGAAUUUUAAACUCAACAAUCAAUCUUAAAAAACUACUUUCCAAUUUCUCUGUGUUAGAAAAUCUGGAGUAGUCAACUGAAAAAUAUGUCAAAUAUAUACGUUACUAGAUAUAUAUAUAAGCAAUAGAAGUUAAUAAAAUAUACAUAAGAAGUUAUAUAUUGACAAUAUAGCAUAUUUUGGUCAACUAUCAAUAAUUUAUUAAGGAAUUAUCUUAUAACUAGUGUUACUUUAAACGAAUUCUUCAUGUAAAAAACAUUAUAAAUAUCAACAUCAUAUAAUGCAUCAAAUACACUAUAGACUUGUGUACAUUGCUCUCUUGGCUCUUUUUGCAGUCUCUUUAAAAUGUUGUUAUUGCCAAAAUGAAACUUUAGCUGCCGGCUGGGGCAACGCUGGUGUUACUUGGUACGGUGAGCCUGAGGGCGCCGGUAGCACAGGAGGAGCUUGUGGAUAUGGGAUGGCAGUGGCUAACCCACCGUUAUACGCGAUGGUUUCAGCCGGAGGCCCUUCACUAUUCAACAAUGGACAAGGAUGUGGAACAUGUUAUCAAAUUGUGUGCACCGGGAAUGCAGCGUGUUCAGGGAGACCAGUAACGGUGACGAUAACCGACGAGUGUCCCGGUGGUCCUUGCGCCUCCGAACCAUUCCAUUUUGACCUUAGCGGCAAAGCCAUCGGUGCCUUAGCCAAACCUGGCCAAGCUGGUAGUCUUCGAGCCGCUGGUGUUCUACGUGUUAGUUAUAGACGUGCUCCAUGUUUAUAUAGAGGGACUAAUAUAGCUUUCCAUGUUGAUGCCGGAGCAAACCCUUUCUACAUGGCAUUUGUUGUGGAAUAUGAAAACGGUGACGGAGAUUUGGCCUCUGUUGAAAUUCAACCGGCUGGCGGAGGAUUUAUAGCCAUGCAAGAUAUGAGGUCCGCCCUGUGGAAAGUAAACUCCGGCAGUGCUCUGAGAGGUCCGUUCAACAUUAGACUUACAUCUCGCGAGUCUCGUAAAGUAGUGGUCGCUCAGGGUGUUACCGGUCAAUCAUUAACUUUUAGAGUUUCACUCUUGGUCAAAUUGUAUUUCACUCGUCCCCCGCUCCUACACAAAAUACUGUGGAGAAAAAGCUUUUAA